GUUUGGAGCCGUCGGGGAAUGUGGCGCCGGUCCUGGGAAGACCGAUAUCUACUGGUCGUGUCCUUGGAGCAGUGAUAAAGGAGAAGAGCGUGUCUUGAAAAACCUUAAAAAAAAGCAGUUCUUUCCAGACACUGUUUCCAUCCUGCGGCCAUGCAGUCAGCCUUCUACAGAACUGUGCUGGCACAUGCAGCCACCUCUCGCUGGCACAUAAUGCUGCAGAAAGGAUCUCUAGGUUGUGUUUGUCAUAAAUCCACAUAUUCACCUCUUCCAGAUGACUACAAUUGCAAGGUGGAACUUGCUUUAUCAUCAGAUGGCAGAACGAUAAUCUGUUACCAUCCUGCUGUGGACAUUCCUUAUGAGCAUACCAAACCUAUAAUUCGACCAGAUCCUGUGGAUAACCAAGAAGAAACACAUGAUCAAAUGUUGAAAGCCAGAUUAAAAGCCUGUGGAAAUACUACUCAGCAAGGACCCAUGAUAGAAGAGCUUAGCAAAUUGUUCUUCACUACUAAGCACCGCUGGUACCCGCAUGGACAGUAUCAUCAGCGGCGAAGGAAGCUCAAUUCUCUGAAAGAGAGAUGAUUUUGAGAUAUAUUGGCAUCAUUUACUGUCAAAGGGAAAAUGUCAUUUUUUGUUACUUGAAGAAAUGAAAUAAGUAAUAUUUCCUGAUGUCAUAUGGUGAAAUUUUAAUAAAAGUUUUUUCUAGA